CGCCGCCCCGUGCCGGCCCCCUCCGCCGCCGCUCCCCGCUGCUGGGCAGCUUUUAAAGAGCCCUUUCCACGCCGCCCUGCCCCACCCGGGGGGGCUGCACGCCGCGCCCCUGCCCGCCGCGGAGGGCACCGCGCGUGUGUCUGUGCCUGUGUCUGUCUGUGUUUGUGUGUGGUUUAUGCCACGCGUGACCGCGACGCGCCGUGGGGCUCCUCCACCCCCGUCCCUGCCCUCUUUCCCAGGCCUGGAAAGCACGGGAAGGGCCCCACGCGGGUCCCCGGCGGGCAGCGCGGAGGUUCCGCGGGCCGUGGGGCGGCGGAGGCGCUGCCCGGCUCCGGCUCCGCGCUGCGCGCAGCUUCACCCACUCCGAACCCCCUCUUCUUGCUCUCUUUUUAAGCUCGGCGGGCCCGGGCAGGAUGUUUAUACUGCGCAAUGUAAACACGGGCUCUGGGGUGCUUUAAUAAAAAGAAAUCGGCGAAAACUCCCGCUGCCUCACGAAAUGCCCUUUUCUGCCUCCGCCGCCGCUCCGGGGCCGGGAACGGGCUUCGGGCUCCUCGCCUGCUCCGAAGCUGCUUUAGGGAUGAGGGAUGAGCUGACGACUGGGGCAUCUCAAGGGGUUUGCUGCUGUAGAAAAUCCCUGUUAUCUCUGUACCAGAGGAGAUCACAUCUCCCAGACCUCCAAAUUUCCCACCAAACUGAGAAAUCCCCUCCCCAAGGAGGAGCUGCAGCCCCCACUGAGCCCCUACCAUGGACCAUCCCUCGCAAGACCAAUUUUGGGAAUCCCAAUGGCUCUGCAAUUCCUGUCUCUGCACAGCUGUGGAGGUGGGAGCUCCCACGCCCUCUCCCUGCCCAGAUGGAAUCAUCUCCACCUUUUUCCCGUUUUUAGGCUUUUCCCCAUCAAGCCCAGCAGGAAAAGGGGACCAACAGCACAAAAACCAUCCUGGCUACCAGGCCAGUGGCCACCCAACCCCGCAGCUCCUCUGGAGGGACCAGGAGACACGGAGCUGCUCCAUCCCAGCCCAGAGCAGGUUUCUCACUGCGCUAAUUAUUGCUAAUUGAGCCACUUGACUCUCGGGGGGGCCUCGCCCUGGCCAGGCUGAUAGAGUAUCAGGGAGAUAAGGAGCACUCAGCACAGGUAACAUAGCGAAGUGUUGUCAGACCUGUGGUGGGACCUUCUGGAGGGGUUAUCUCUCCUUCCCCGAGCACAGGGCACCACAUUCCUAAGGGAAGCACUGUGACCCUGAGGAUUUGUGGAGAGCCUGAGCUUUUUAGGAGGUGUCCUGUGGGAUUUUGGUGACUCAGGAGCUCAGCAAAGCAAGCUGGCAUUAAUUUCAGAGUAACUCUUUCAAAUUUCCUUAACAUGCAUUUUAUUCCUUUGGCUGGCUUUUGCUGUUGUUAAUUUAACACUGAGGAAAUGAAACUUUAAACAUUUUUUCCCCCCCUUUUUUCUUCCCUACAGAGAAAUAAAUUUUUUUUCUUUUAAAAAAUGCUGUCUCUCUCAGAACUUUUGUUAUUUUUCACCACUUCCACUGACCUACACAGAGUAAUUCAGCUCCUACACCAUC